AUGGGCGGAGGGAAUGGGAUAGAGGACGACGUGGACAGCGUGGACAGCGUGGACAGCGUGGACAGCGUGGACAGCGUGGACAGCGUGGACAGCGUGGACACCGCGGAGGCGGCCGCGGCGAGGUGCUGCGCCAAAGGCCGGGUUUGCUUCUGGAGUCUCACGGCGGAGUCCUGCUACAUGUCGCCACCGCGCUGCCCGAGGUACACUGAGUGCCGGACGGGCUACAAGACGUGUUGCUGCUCCGGCGGCGGGUGUGGGUCUGUUGGCUGA